AACAAACGCACUAGUACUACUCGUUCACGGUUCCUACACGCAUCAAACAAUAACUAAUAAACCAACGUGUACACGACGGGAGUCAGAGAGAGAGAGAGAGAGAGAGAGCGAGAGAGAAAUCAGAGUUUCCUAAAAUAGAACAAAUACCAAACUACCGCAUCAGAGCGAGAGAGAGAGAGAGAGAGAGAGAGAGGCAAUGAAGGGAGCGAAGACGCCGAUCCACUCGGUGGCGAUGUGGGUACGAAGGCAACCGCCGAAGGUGAAGGCGUUUCUGGCGGUGGUUUCGGGCAUUGCGGCGCUUGUGUUCCUGCGACUGGUCGUACACGAUCACGACAACCUUUUUGUUGCCGCCGAGGCUGUUCACGCUCUUGGAAUCGCCGUCCUCAUUUUCAAGCUUACCAAGGAGAAGACAUGUGCUGGGCUUUCACUCAAAUCACAGGAACUAACAGCUAUAUUUCUGGCUGUUAGACUCUAUUGCAGUUUUGUCAUGGAAUUUGAUAUACACACACUACUUGAUUCUGCAACAUUGGUGACAACCCUCUGGGUUAUCUAUAUGAUUCGUUUUACAUUGAAGUCUAGUUACAUGGAUGAUAAAGACAACUUCAAAUCUUACUACGUGUUGCUACCUUGUGCUGUGCUAUCAUUAUUAAUUCAUCCCACAACGCAGCAUCAUAUCGUCAAUAGGAUUUUAUGGGCAUUCUGUGUUUAUCUUGAAGCUGUUUCAGUGCUACCCCAACUGAGGGUAAUGCAGAAUACAAAGAUUGUUGAACCAUUCACAGCACAUUAUGUAUUUGCACUGGGAGUUGCAAGGUUCUUGAGUUGUGCGCAUUGGAUUCUCCAGGUAUUGGAUACUCAUGGCCGCUUGCUGACUACUUUGGGUUAUGGUUUGUGGCCUUCUAUGGUUCUCCUCUCUGAAAUUGUCCAGACUUUCAUUCUUGCAGAUUUUUGUUACUACUACGUCAAAAGCCUUGUUGGUGGACAACUUGUUCUGCGCCUCCCCUCCGGAGUGGUGUAAGCUUGAAAUGCUGCAAUCUUUUUUAUAUAAAUAUGUAGUUCAGUUGAAUCAUUCUACCUUGGCAAGUUGACCAUGUAAUGUCAUUGAUAGUAUUUAGCAGUUAGUAGGAGGUUUAGAUAGUUUCUUCUUGACAUGAUGUAAGUUUCGUGAGCUAUCCUCACUUUUUUUUUGGUUCAGUUAUUUGUUCUGAUUAUGAACUUCACAUAAAAAUGUCAAUUCUCUAUGAUUAUAUGACUAAUUCUGUCAAUUAUAGUUAA